AUGUUGGUUAACCUAACUUACGAAGUUUUUGGAAAAGUACAAGUAUUUUUUAGAAAAUUUACAAAAGAUAAAGCUAUAGAAUUACAAAUUGUAGGAUGGGUCAAAAAUACUGAAUAUGGUUCUGUAACUGGCAUUGCACAAGGCGCAAAAAAAAAUAUUAAUGUUUUUAAAAAAUGGAUACAAUAUGAAGGAUCACCUUAUUCUCGAAUAGAUACAGCAAAAUUUAAGGAAGAAGAAAUUGAAAUACUUGAAUUUACAAAUUUUGAAGUUAGGCAUUAA